AUGAACAGUUCUAGUAUUAUUGAUGAACCAACUCUUAUUGAAAAGAAAGAUGAAACAACAACCCUUGAUCAACAAAAAAAUGAUACCACUUUGGUUGAAGAUAAAGAUGAAACUGUAAUUAUUGAUAUGAAAAAAGAAAUGAAAAGAAUAAGACAUGAACAAAGAAAGAGAUUUAGAGAGAGUGGAAAAAGGACACAGCCCAUGAGAGCUUGUAAAGGAAAACCCUUAAUAAGAUUUCGUGAAAGUGAUUACGAGAUAAAGAAAAAACCUCAGAGUACCAAUUUAACAAAAGAAGCUGAAAAAGUAGAAAUUGAAAACCAAAAACGAAAAUCUAAAAAAGAGUUAUCGUCAUCUAAACAACUAAAAGAAAAAAAGAAAUCUAUUAAAACAUCCUCUUUAAAGAUAGAAAAGCAAGAAAUAGAAGAAGUGAAAGAGAACAAAGAAAUCCAAGAAGAAACAAACAUAGAAAAUGAAGAAAAGAAACCUAAAAGUAAUAGUGAUGAUAAAAAAUUAAAAAAUACAAAGAAACUUAGUAAACCUUCAAUAGGAUUCAAGUCAUAUUCAUCAAAUUCUAGUUCUAUUAAAACCAAUGAAGAUAUACUUGAAGAAUUACCUUUUCAUGAAGCUAAUGAAUCACAUAAAAGUAGUCAAGUUCAUUGGUGGUAUUAUGAAGAUAAAUGGGUUCAGUUUAGACAAAAAGAAUCAAUAAAAAUAGAAGAAGAAUUUCAAAAGUAUUUAAAGGAUAAGAAAAAAAAGACGUAUCUGCUUAAUAUCUGGAAAUCAACCUACUCAAUCAAUUUUUCAAAGUUUAUACAAAUUAACAAUAAUCAAAAAUCAGAAAAAUUCUUUAUUCGUCGGUUAUUAAUUGAAUAA